CCCGGCCCGCCCCUCUCGCCCUUUCUGGCGGUCCGCUCCGCCACCUCUCAGUCUGUGUCCGCCGCGCGUAAGCCUCGGGACCCUGAUCUGCUCGCGCUCCCGAUCCACUGGCUCCCUUCUGCCGAAUUCCUAUCUGGUCCACACUCCGAAGCUGCUGCCUCCGGGACAUGGUUCUUUGCGUUCAGGGAUCUUGUCCUUUGCUGGCUGUGGAGCAGAUCGGGCAGCGGCCCCUGUGGGCCCAGUCCCUUGAGCUUCCUGAGCCAGCCAUGCAGCCCUUACCUGCUGGGGCCUUCCUGGAGGAGGUGGCAGAAGAGACCCCAGUCCAGCCAGAGAGUGAACCAAAGGUGCUGGAUCCUGAGGAGGAUUUGCUGUGCAUAGCCAAGACUUUUUCCUACCUUCGAGAAUCUGGUUGGUAUUGGGGUUCUAUUACAGCCAGUGAGGCCCGGCAACACCUGCAGAAGAUGCCAGAGGGCACAUUCCUAGUACGAGACAGUACCCAUCCCAGCUACCUGUUCACGCUGUCAGUGAAAACCACUCGUGGCCCCACCAAUGUGCGCAUUGAGUAUGCUGACUCCAGCUUCCGUCUGGACUCCAACUGCUUGUCCAGGCCUCGUAUCCUGGCCUUCCCGGACGUGGUCAGCCUUGUGCAGCACUAUGUGGCCUCCUGUUCUGCUGACACCCGAAGUGACAGCCCUGAUCCUGUUCCCACGCCAGCCCUCCCUAUGCCUAAGGAAGAUGCACCUAGUGACCCAGCACUCCCUGUCCCUGUGGCCACUGCUGUGCACCUAAAACUGGUGCAGCCUUUUGUGCGCAGGAGCAGUGCCCGAAGCCUUCAGCACCUGUGUCGCCUUGUCAUCAACCGUCUGGUGGCUGAUGUGGACUGCCUACCACUGCCCCGACGCAUGGCUGACUACCUCCGACAGUACCCCUUCCAACUAUGACUAGUCUGGGUAUCCUGCCCAGCCUCACGCAGCCAUAUCCUGGAGGGGACACAGGCCCCAGCUGGACUUGGUCUCCUGCUAUCCCUCCAGCCAUCCUGGUGCCUGCGUGCAUCUGGCAGCUGGACCAGAAAGAGCCAGCAAGAGCAAGGAAGGGGGAGGGGAGAGUUGUCAUACAACUCAGAGCUCAGCACCCCCAGGUCCCAUGUGGUUCCAUUGUGGUGAGCCACGUAUCAGAGAAGAGGGAGACAGGCGGGACCUUGUCUCACCCUGCUGGCUGGGCCCAGGUCUUCACUCACUUACUGACCCCAGCCACCUGAAUUGUGUAGACUUUCCCAGCUCUGGUUUCUCAAUAUGCAGGGUGGGGCAGGCCCCCUACCUCCAGCCAGUCUGUUUCUGGGAGGAUGGUGGCCAGAGGAACUAGGGUUGAUAGUGACAGCCCCCUUGUGGGGAAGCAGGCUAGGCUGGGGAACUGCACAGUUAUAUGCUAUUUAUUUAUUUAUUCCUCUUGGGGUUGGUCUCCAGUGAGCCACCCUACCUCUCUGCCCUGAGCCCUGGGUAGUCCAGAGACCCCAGCUCUGUUCUAGCUUCUCUGAUUCUUCUUUGUGGAGAGCCCCAUCCUAAGAAGUGUUGCUGGACCCAAGGCAUUCCUGGAUGUCUGGCACUGACCCACCUGCCUGUGAAUGUGGCCACUCUUUUCUGUCUCAGCCCUGUUUGGGGAGGAUGAGUGAACAGACAAGAAAAUGGAACAAGAGCCUCAGUCCCCAACAAAGCCUGUGGCCCACCUUCUUGCAGGACAGAAUUGUGGCCACACAUAGCUGCCUUCACCGUGGCACAAGCCCUCAGAGUGUACAUGCUGUGUCAGGAAGGGGAUGCUGGUUCAAGGGCUGCUGCGGCAGCUCUGCUGCAUUGGUUUCCUGCCCAGGAAGGUGCCUGCACAGUAGAGAGGGGAAGAAAUACAUAUCUGAUAAGACUUUAUAAAAUAAUUAUUAUAACACAAAACCCAGUGUGGUAGUCUUUUUUCUUCCACUGAUUUUUCCAUAAUGACAAUAAAAUUAUACCUUUCAUUUA